GAUGUAAAGAUCAGGACAGAGGUUUCUCAUCAGACGCAGUUUAUUUCGGGCGACUCUGACGUCAAGAGACAACACGUUUCAUUCAACAAGCAAGAAACUAAGUUAUUUAUAACCCGCCGCAUCUUCAGGUUGUGAUCCUUGAGUGCGCAGUGAAAGGAAUACUCCCCAUUGGACUGAUGUAGCGCGCCUCCGUAACAAAAAGCCACACAGCUCGUCAUCAUGCGCUCACGGUGACAGAGAGGGGACGGCGCACUGUAACCUAAACUGGGACGCGUCGAUGCGAGCUGCCGCGGCUGGGAAAUAAGGAACAGCUACCGCGACAAACUUUGUGUUUUUGAAUCGCUUAUUUGCACCCUCCUCCAUGUAUCAUCCUUCUUACAUGGCACCGGGCACUUUGAACAUGGAGAGACUCUUCUCUGAGCAGGUCUGUGAGCUCUAAGUCCAACCCUGGGAAGGCCCGCCACAGGUCGGGGAGAUGGCAGACAUUUUGGAGCUGCGCACAGAUGGGAACUCUCUCCUCAAGGCGGUGUGGCUCAAACGCUUGAGGCUCACCAGGCUCCUGUUGGAAGGAGGUGCGUACAUCAACGAGAGCAACGAACGGGGAGAGACGCCCCUCAUGGUGGCCUGCAUGUCGACGCAUUCCGACCAGCAAAGCGUGAGCAAGUCGAAGCUUGUCAAGUAUCUGCUGGACAACCAAGCGGACCCCAACAUACAGGACAAGGCGGGCAGGACGGCCUUGAUGCAUGCCUGCAUCCAUAAGGCCGGACACGAGGUGGUGGAUCACCUGCUGAGCAACGGCGCAGACCCCAGUCUGGAGGACAGGAGCGGGGCCUCGGCUCUAGUCUAUGCCAUCAACGCCGACGAUAAGGAGACGUUGAAAUUGCUUUUGGAUGCAUGCAAAGCAAAAGGAAAGGAAGUAAUCAUAAUCACUACAGACAAGUCGCCGUCCGGCACUAAAACCACCAAGCAGUAUCUGAACGUGCCCCCGUCUCCAGGGUUGGUCGAGAGGUCGUCUCCAGAAUACUGCGCCUCUCCCUCUGACAUCAGCGUCACCGCGUCGUCGCCGUCUGAGCAGGAGCAACAAAACACCGUCUUCAGUUUCCAGACAAAGCUGAAAACCUCGGUCGCGGCGGCGAAGCUCACAAACGGGCCCACCUCUCCAACCCGCCGGCCCGCCAACCCGAAGAGAGCGCGUCUGCCUCAGCUGAAGCGGCUGCAAUCAGAGCCCUGGGGCCUGAUUGCGCCCUCCGUCCUGGCUGCUGCGGCGGCCGCCCACGAGGAGAGCAAGAAAGCCAGCUCUGAUGAGGACGUGGUUGCCGGGGUGAACGGGCUCUCUCUGAGCAAGAGGUCCACUUUGUCCCGACAGAGCAGCGUGGACGGGAAGGACAGCCUAUUCCCACUGGUGGGGGAGCAGCCGUGCAAAAUGACAACCUCGUUAUCAGUCCCGCCGACGUCCAAGCCGUCGUACGAGAGAUCUCUUGGGCAGCACCAGCCGCUGGCCCGGCGCAGCACCGUGCCUGCGGAGCAGGAGAACGGCAGCGGCGGACAGGUCAGCCUCAGAGACACGUUGCACAGGAGACGCCUCGGAAAUGAUCACUAUGACUCAGACUCGCAGCUCUACUCAGACUCUGCCAUGUCAGACUCUCCCAAAAUCCCCGUGGAGCGCAGGAAACUAAACACUUCUCCGCUCGCGAUGCUCACCAGUUCCAGGGAAUCUCUUGACAGCAACGCCAGCACGUCCUCUCCGAGCACGGCGCGGAGACGUGCGCCUGGCCUCCUGGAGAGGAGGGGCUCUGGCACACUGCUGUUGGACUACAUCUCCCACACCAGGCCUGGCCACCUGCCCCCCCUCAAUGUCAACCCGAACCCACCCAUUCCUGAUAUUGGGGCCAGCAACAAACCCUCCUCCCCUCUUUCAACAGGUAUUAAAUCCUUAGCCCCGGUAGCACCAAACACACCAAAGACAGGAGGUCUCAAGUCAAAGAAGAAACUGGUGAGAAGGCACUCUAUGCAAGUGGAGCAGAUGAAACAGCUUUAUGACUUUGAGGAGCCUCCUCAUUAGUUAGUCAUGGCAUUAAUGCAGCAAACACUGGGGUAGUAGAAGCGAAAGCGCCCUACAAUGGCAGGAAGUACAUCCAUAGGGUUUAGCGGUGGGUACACGCGGCUAUCUCAAUGUUGAAUAAUGUAUAAUUUAUCAAAAAUAAAUCCAGAUAAAUAUAUAUUGAAUUUAAGCAAUAUAGAUAGAGUUCUUUCCUGUGUCACGCCCAGCUUAAGGAUUAUUGUCUUUUGACUUUAUAACUGCUCCUGUACAUGUAUUACUUUUGAGCGUAAAUGCCAAGAUGUGGUACCUUUUUCUCAAAACUCUCUUUUACAGGAUGUGUGUCAUUUGUAGGGAACAUAACGGGGUUUAUUUGUAGCCUAGCGGGCCACUUGGGUGCACUUUGUGCGUAUGAAAUUAGCACCGUUAACGGACUUUCUCUGGAAAAGACAAAGGAGCGAUGCACUUCUUUGAGAUGUA